UUGAUGAAUGGAGAAAUAAUUUCAGUAAAUUAAGUUAUUGUAACGAUGAAAGACUUUAUAAAGAAAAGAUGGAUUGGAGAUUAAAAAAAGCGACAAUUUUAAACUUGAAAAAGAAGAAUGAAAGUGAGAUUGAUGAUAUUUUAGAAGAAAAAUUAACAGAUUAUAAAUUUUCACCAUCUUCCAUAAUGUAA